AGACACGCUGCCGCGCGCUUGCCCAGACGGCGGCCUGAAUGCAUGGGAUGAGCGCGGGACGGCAGAGGUACGCGCGAGAGCUUGGCCGGGCCACGUAGCUGGGCUGAAGACACCAAUGCGCAGGUAUUUCCACAGCCCGUUCCGCAUAUGAGUGUUUGGGUCCACCGUAUUUUGCACAAAGACUCGUUGACAGGGUCGUUUCUACAUGCACAUCCGCGAAUGUAAAGGGAGAGUCAGCGAGAGAAGUGCGCGUGCAACCCUGAAUCUGUGCAACUCUGAUUGCAUGAACGCAAGAGGGAGGUCGCUCUCGACGGAGGUAAGCAAGAAAACCGAUCACAAAUGUUUGAUAUGGCUCAAUUGUGACCAUUUACAUGCAUGACAUGCAUCACGGGUGUCGAGGGUUGCACGAGCGGGUCACCGGCUGCCGGUAGCCGAGACCACCGUGAGAAUUGUCCCUGAGGUGAGCUAGCCCUGACUUUGUGACAGAGUCGAGUUGAGGGGGUUUGUCAGUCCAGCAGGAUUGAGUUCAGAAAAGGCGCUUUUUAUUAUGCACCAGGAAAAAGAUACACCGAUAACAGUGCAAACCCUCCGACUUGUCGUCUAGCUCCAUGCGGGGUAAAUCACUGUCAUACUUCACUCUUCAAAGUGCAGUUUCGAAAUUAAGUGUAACAUUACUGCUACACAUCUGACGCUGAGGCUAGCUGGGAGCUAACUAGCCCUUAUCUGGGCGGUUUUCUGUCUAAAACAAGCGAAAGUCUUCUUUCUGCUGUUAGCCAAUACAUGUCAACAAAGAGGACCGGGAUGGUGCUGUUUCUGCACGGUAACAUGUUUCUCUGUGGCCACGGGACCCUGAACUGCUGUAAAACAUAUAAUGGCUGCACUGUGAGCUAAUAUAGCUAGGUUAGCUUGUCAUGUGUGUUCAGGUUAUUACCUUUGGAGUGCAGGGCUAGCUAGCUAAGUAGCCUAAGUUGGCUAGGCCUACAGUGUUACUGCUGUAACGUGUAUAAUGUUGCUUUUUUGUUUUAACCCCUUCUUUGCUAUUGUGCAGCAUUUACUCCUUGAAUUGUUCCUGAAAAUGUUUGUCUCUGAAAACGUAGCUCUUUAAAACAAAGUGACUCUGCACCAGGCUUUAUUUUAGUUGUGUAAGCCUAUAUUUUGUAUUAUGUUAGUUUUGCACAAAGUCAUCUCGUCUGCAAGAUUUAGGUAGCUUCAUGCAUCAGUAUUUUACAUAGAACAAUGCUGGAAGUUGUCAAGUCUUCACCUUUUUAUACAGGCAUGUCUGUGAGGAACUUUGCUGUCAGGUUUCUUCGUCUUUCUCUGUGCAGUGAUGACAUGAAAGAAGCUGGCAGAGCCGGGGGCAGGGGUAAUAGUUUCCCACUUCUGUGAUACUCCAAAGAUUUAUCGCAGACCGAAAAACCACCAGGUACUGCUCUAUGACCUGAUUAUGAGCUUUAAGGCCAAAUACCUACAGAGGCAUGGAGCACCCCUGCAGUGCACCACACAGUGAGCUGUUUAAGGUCUUAUGAGUUUGGACAGAGUGAGGAAUGUGAACCCUCACACGGUCCUCCACAAGCUGCAAAAGGGAAAGCUCAUUAAAGUUUAGACUUGAGAGGUAGCAUGGAUUUGAGGAGCACUGCUGAAUAAUAACAGGUAAACAUUACACAUUUUGACUACUUUCAAGGUCUCAUCUUUGUAUUGUUGUGAGUAGUUGAUUUAGCUGCUGUGUUUGGCAUUUGCAGAAAAGGUCUCAUCCUUUGUCACUCAGCCGUAAGAGGCAUCUGUCUGGUAUAUCUAAGUGACCAUACAUUAAUUAAAGUGGUGUCAAAGGAAGGCUGUAAAUUAAGAUACUACUAAAUGACUUUGAUUUCUUGAACUUUAGUAAUGCUUUGGAUUACCUGAAUAUGCUGACCGAGAGACUCACUUAUCCUUUUCCUCUUUUUUUUUUGCAUCAGGGUGCAAAGUUCAUCUUUUGAAAGCUGUCUUAACUUCAAAAACAUCCACGAGUGAUCAGCGUUUUGACCUCCAAAUUUGCGAAGGGUAGGGUGUUGACUAAUUAGCAGUGAUAUUGAAAAGAGUGCACAGAAGUUGCUCCCCACAUCAAAAGAUUUCAUCGUUUCACUCCGAGUGAAACUCUGAAAUGACUCAUCACUGAAAAUGAUAAGCGGGUGGAAGGAUUUUACUCAGUACGGGUUACAUAACCACAGUGUGUGUUUGUUUAUUUGUCCAAGUUCAGUUUUUGACUGUCGGCAAUAAAUGUGGAACUAAUGAUUAGUUUAAAAAUGUGCAGAGCAAAAAUUGCCUCUGAAACGCUCGCAAAAUACUCAGUUGCCUAAAUGCCUUUUUACAUGAAACCCGUACUGCAUGUCAAAUCAGGUUCAGGCAGUGGUUUCUCUUGCAACUUAUACUCUUCUGUUAUCCAAACGUGAGUUAAUCUAUUAGGCUUUGUGUCUAAGACAGCCAUGUGAGUUUGGUUGCUCUAUCAGUGCAGAGCUCGCCCUUCCCCUGUGGUCUUAAUGCUCUCAGAGCUGCUGUCCAGUUCUCAGAAGGGAUCAGAGCCAGUAUUCACAGGAAGACAGGUGUGUCUGGGUGCACGGGUUGUUCAAUUCUACGUAAAUGACUUGUACUUACACUUUGCAAAAGAUUCUUGUUAGAGCAGCUUUUGAUAAAACCUGGUAAAUAAUCUUUAAUUCCAUUUAGAUCUGUCUUUGCUCUUUCACGUCUUCCUGUGUUGUCCAGCAAGACAAGGUUGAGGGAAGAACUGGAAAAGCAGUUCCAGAGCUAGAAAAGGCGUUUAUAGCGGUUUUAUCAAGAUGACUUUGACCAGCGCUGAGGAUUGAGGAAAACGUUUUGUGGUCGCAUUGAUGAAAAUAUUUGUGCUUUUAGUUUUUGCCAUAAUUGAACAGCUUUUGACGUUACGUUUUUUGCUUCCCACGCAGGUAUUUCCACACACUCUACCUAAUUAUCAUUGCUUAAAUUAAACCAGGGAAUUGUAGUCCUUUAAGGAUGAUUUGGUGCUUUGAGUGAAAAGUGAGCUAGGAUGUGAAAUUGGUUAAGUUAAGAGGGUGGAAUAUUUGCUGCUUCGUAGAGAGGAAAUGUGUUGUUUCGUGCUUGGGCAGGUUUUGUAUUGAACAAAACCGCCCUAGUGCUUUCUCAUCACAGAAAAUGGGGUGUAAGGUUGUUUGAGGUCAUCAGGACGUCAGCUAGUGACACCCCAGGCUCAGACAAGACCACAAGAACAUCAUGAGAGAGAAGAUUGGAGCGUUUUUGGUGCUUUUGUUUUCAUCUUGAACAUGCAUAAACAUCAUGAUACUACUGGAGCUUCCAAACUGCACAGCUCUAAGUCUACAUUGUAAGGCUGAAAUUCAGUUUCCUGUGGUUAGAUUGCAAUACACGCUCCUGAGCUGUGGUUACACUAUGCUCUCCAACAGUCAAUGGGCGGUGUAAGUGCAAGAUAGAGCGCACUGUUGAAGAAAAAGAUGAUCCUCUGCUCAAUCAGUUUUCUGCAUCAAGACUGUGUAAGUUCCUCCUUUUGCAAGGUGCUUGAAAUCAUUGAAUUAAGUGAACCUUUUGUAGAUCUUUGUCAUGUUUUCUGUGUUAAAUGUGUUGUUGAUGUUCUCCUUGGUUAGGCUGUAUAGUGGGGUUUCAAAUGAGAAAGCAAAGUACCUCUGUAGUAUGAUCUUGUUGUAAGGUGUUGCACUUGUGGCCUGGCAAUAUUUCGAGUGCUUACUUAAAUCCCACAAACAUUCAUUUGUGUGGUUUUGACUACUACACACUGCUCUAAAACAUUUGUGGGUAAUGUGCUGCUUGAGUUUGAAAAUGUGGCAACAGAGCUGUAGUUUCAGUUCCGACUCUCUAGAUGCUGCAGCUUUGCAUCUUAUCUCAUCUUAACUCUUCAUGUUUCUUCUCUCGUAGGUCAUGCACUGUAAAUGGCUCCUCAAGCUAUACACAGACGUCCUCACAGCAGCUCCAUGUCUGACGUUCAGCUCCUCUCUACCUGCUCUGCAAUUUGAAGACAGCGGCGCUCUGCAGGGCGGCAGAUUUCAGAGAAAGUGAAUCUGGCAGCUGCCUAAGUCUUACAUAGUAACACCAGAGGAAUUCAUCGUCAGAUGUUCAGCAUCAAAGACACUUGAGCUCUGGAUUUUGCAGUCUGAUGAUAUUUGAGCAUAUGGAAAAAAACUUGGAGCAGAUUGUAUGUCUUUGCAACUGUGUUUCCUGCCCUGGACAGCAUGGAUGCUCUUUUUGAAUCAGGCUGACCGUCUGUCACCUCUUCCCCUCCUUCCUGGAUCUUCAUUAGAAGGAGGGUGGGGGAUUGGUGUGGCAUCCCCUGCCCUUCCUUACAUAGUGGGCUCGUUCACCCAGGCACCUUUGCAGUGAGUCUUUUCCAGUUGCCUUGUGUUUCAUGAAAUCCUGCAAGACCCUCAAGGAAGAGGUUUCCAUCCCCACCCUUGACGGGAUGUCACAGGAGGACGGACGAAGGGUGUCGGUGUCGCAGUCCUACUUUCACCCUCCAAACCCGGAUCUGGACCUGACAGGCAAGCUUUAUAAGAGGGAGGUAGGGGGUAAGCCUUAUUCUGUGUUAGUGGACAAUAAAAUGGCAGCCAAGACAUCCGUUGGAGACCAGAACAUUGGUCAGCUGCCCUCUCAACAUGUGACCCCUCAGCAGUAUUUUAGCAGAGAAGGGGGAGCAGGGCAGGAAGUAGGGACGCAGGGGUCCCAGGCAGGAAAUGACGGCACCUCUGAGGAAACAGAAGACGAUGAAGAUGAUGAGGAAGAGGAGGGUGAGGAGGAGAGCAAAGAUGGGGAGGAGGAGGGCUUCAAACGUGAGCAGAUCAUCGUGGAGGUCAACCUGAACAACCAGACGCUUCAUGUGUCCAAAGGGGAUAACAAAAGUGGAACAGCAGCAGAUGACUCUGACAGAGAUGCGAGCGAUGAUGAUGAGGAAGAAGAGGAAGAGGAGGAGGAAGAGGAGGAGGAGAGCCUUGAUGAAGAGGACGAAGAAGAAGAUGAGGAAGAUGAGAUCGACAGUCGAAGAACGAGGUCAAAGAGGGUCUGCAGGGGCACGAGCAGCGCAGCAGCGCCCAGCCAGCCACGAAGGAAAAGCCUCAGAACAUCUCUGAGCGCGGCCUCAUCAGGAAUGACCACCAGGGGGCGGAGGAAGCGCCUGGAGCCUCCAAAGAGCAAGCGCAGGUCAGCGAGGUCAGCCCCAUCGUCUGCUGGCGCCACAACAACUGGAGGAAGAGCAGAGGUGGAGGAGAAGGAGCUGCUGGCAUGUGAAAAGUGCCCCCGAGUGUUCAACACACGCUGGUACCUGGAGAAGCACAUGAAUGUCACACACAGGCGAAUGCAGAUCUGCGACAAGUGUGGCAAAAAGUUUGUCCUGGAGAGUGAGCUGGCCUUGCAUCAGCAGACUGACUGUGAGAAGAACAUCCAGGUAAAGUCAAACUAACCCUGAUGCUUCGCUUACAAAAUAAUCUGUCGUUACUGAAGUGAGUAAGGUUCUUGAAGAUUAUAAUCCAAUGUUGAAUGUUCAACUUUGUUCAUAAAACAAGUCAUCAAAAGGCUGCAGUGAAAGUAACAAGUUAGGAGUAAUUUCAAUCAAAUACUGCCUGAUAAUAUCAUCAUGUUCACGCGCUCCAGAUUUAGGUUAUUAAUAUUUAAGAAGGAAAGCCUGAAGCACAGUAAAGGUAAAAGCAGGUUAAAAAGUGACUCAUAUUGUUAUUACCUGCUCGAUAUACAGAAAAUGUUAAAAAUAAACUAUUCUUGAUGUUUUGAGUGGGUUUAAUUUGGUGUUACUUCUCUAAAACUGAGAGUCAUGAUGCGACACAUUAAAACCCGAGGGUGAUGUGGUUAUUUUGAAUAUCUUAACUGAGCCCCAUGUUUCCGUUUUCCACUUUGCUUUGUUGGUUUGUUAGAGAAUAUUUCACCUCCCUCCACAGAUGGUCACACCAGAUGAAACUGUCUCCGGUCGGGGACUUCCUCAAUAUUUUAUGUACAUCAGUGGAGCAGAAAAUUUUCAUUUUAUUAAUGCAACACGCUUUCUUUUAGAAGAUGACAUAUUUCUGUAUCACUGACUCAUCAGGGUUUUUAAACCAUACUUACAUACUUGCUCUAAAAACUAUUACUGACUAAUCCGUCUGUUAAAGAAAUAUAAAACUAUCGGCACUCACAGUUUAUGCAAAUUGAAUUCUGUUAUAUGUUGUUUUUAACUUUCAGUAUAACAAGGGACUUUAUCGUACUUUCUUUGCACACUUUAAAGACCAAGAUCAACCAAGUGAUCCAAAUGUAUUACAUAAAAAAACUGCAAGCAUCAACUAAACAAUCUUUUGCUCACAAGUAGCAGGUGUGUUUUUCUUUGGAUGUGGUAAUUCCUCAUCACUAUCAAAGGAAGGAAACAAAAGCGACGCUUGUCAAAGUGAGGCUUUAAGACAUGCUGGUGAUGACACAUUGAUCAUCCGUCUUAAAAGAGGGGAUUUACAAAAAACUGAAUUUCUGUUUGAUUGAAGUUCAGCUAAAGCUACAAACAAUCCAAAGAAGGUUCAGGGUUAAAAACAGCUCCUGUCCCAGUGUUUUAUCAUUUAUUGAAGAGGAAAAUAAAAACAGUGAAGCUGACAUGAUAGCUCGGCCAGUGCUUACUUCAGAAGACACUAGAAACAAAGUAAUGGACUCUGAUUGGAUGAGCCAAUAUUUAGGCUUUCUGGCAGUCACCUGAGAUUCUUUGGUUUUGGUCUUGUUGAUGGGCUUGCGUCACUGUUGCACACCCUGCAGUCUGUAAGAGAACUUAACCCUCAAACCGGAUUUAUUUUGCCACCGGAGAACAACCCCAAACACAGGGGCAAAGCUCAACAACAAUGGCUUAAAAACAAACAAACAAAACAAGGUUACACUUGGUUAUGGUCCAGUCACUCUAAAACAUUCAGGGAUUUGUAAACUUUUGCAAAGUUUUGAGAUUUAGUUUAUCAGAAUAAAGAUGAUUGGUCAAGAAACGUUCCUCUUAAAGUAUUCAGAACUUCACUUUACUCAAGAAUCACCUCAUGAACAUUGCUGAUAAAAGCAUCCACACAUUUCCUUUUCUUUUGUCUUUGAAUGGCAGCUAUUAUGUUUUGCUGUUAUAGGUUCAGGUUAUCAGAUUUGUUGAGCGAAUUCAGAAAACCAGCAUCAUUAUGAUUUCCCCCCAGCAGAGGGAGCUGUAGUACAGUUAAAGAAAUGUGUCUCAUCCUCCCAUGGCCUCCAGGUUUGGAUGUGCUUUACAUUAUUCAGCAACAAUAAGCCUUUUCUUGUUUUUUUUUCCCCUCUGUAAAUGUGUCUUUCAGUGUGUUUCCUGCAACAAGUCCUUUAAGAAGCUGUGGUCACUGCAUGAGCAUAUUAAGAUUGUGCACGGCUAUGCAGAAAAGAAGUUCUCAUGUGAAAUCUGUGAGAAGAAGUUCUACACUAUGGCUCACGUCCGUAAGCACAUGGUCGGUAAGUGAGGCCCUUUUUUCAAAUAUUUGAGCUUCCCUCUGUCACCAGAAAAUCUCUCACUGGAGGCAGUAACAGCAACACGUUGAUGUGUUACCAAAUAUACAGAUAGAUUUCAUAUGAAAGUGUUGGUGGGUGGCUCAUUAUAUCCCCCUCUCUUUUUGUCCACCUCUCUGUCUUAACCCAGCUCACACAAAGGACAUGCCGUUUACCUGUGAGACAUGCGGCAAGUCAUUUAAACGCAGCAUGUCUCUAAAAGUUCACUCACUCCAGCAUUCUGGGGAGAAGCCCUUCCGUUGUGAGGUAAGUUUCGUGACAAGGUGGCUCUUCUCAGACAUAAUAACUUGAGGCGAUGCAGGGUGGAGACAUACACAUCUAAAAAUAGUGUCAUCAUAGCUCUCAAAGUUGGAUUGGAUCUGCGGAAACCAAGGCCUUUUUUUUUUACCUGCAACUUCAACACAGGAUUAGCUCUCCUGGAGCUCAAGAUAAAACACCUCAGGGCAACAUUUUACAGCUGCUUCUGAGAAAUUUGUUACUCUGAAUGCCAUUUAUUCAUCAACAAUUUUACCAAAUUACACUGACACGAUUGAAUUCAUACUCUGGUGGACAUUAUAUAAAGUGAAAAACAUCCCUGACAGUGACUGUAACAGUCCGAUAAAGUCUUGUCUCUAUUGUAAUGCAGAUUUUAGUGCCUCUCACCUGCAACUAUCUUUACAAUCGACAUUAAGAGAUUAAUAGAGUCUGUUUUUUUCUGCCUCCAUCUAUUUUAUCUCAGCGGAACACGUGCCUCUCUAUGUUGCUAUCAAAAUCAGUCAGUCACACAACAUUAAGGACACAAGACUGCCUCUCUUCACAGCAACAGUAAAAUAGACAUGUAACAUUUUCUAAGCAGCUGAAUAUCCAGUGUCUUUUCUCUGAAGUCAUGUUUUCUAUUUUUUUUACUGUCUUUUCCAAACGAGUUUAAAGAAACAAGUCAGAGUGUAGAAACUACAUGACUGAAAUACAAAAGUCUUUGUUAUGCUUAAUGUUAAUGUGGAGAGAAGAAUCGUUUCAGUGUUGGCAGAUUUGCUCUUGCGCACCUCAAAAACAGCCUCCAGGUAGUUGGGACUAAUUUCUUUGCCCCAGAGUCGUCUCUCAGAGUGGGAGCCUCCUCCUGUGGUGUGAAAACUCUUCGGAAAGUUACGACACACGCACUGUACAGACAAGCUUGAGCCAGACCAUGUCAAAUAUUAGCAAACCAUGCAUUAUAUAAAUGAAGAACUAAAUGCUCAGUGUGUAACAUCGAUUAUGGAAGAACUGUGUAAGGCUGUGUGUGAAGAUGUUAGAGUUUAUUUCCACUAAAGUCUGACUAAAUCAAAGAAAGCUAGCAUCUUCUUUCAUCGAAGACCUUUUAAUGUUGAGCUACAUAAAUAGAGGACACUGGGAGCAUGUAUGUACGGGUGGAGCAGCUUUAAUUAAAUACUGAGAGUCUCUGAACACUAUAACAUGUGAUUACAUGCUUUUUAAGAGCAUAUGCUAUGUAAAAUCCAUUCUCCCCGCCCUGGAGUCUCAUACGGGCAUUGGUUUGGGAGGGGAAUUAACCACAGCAUUUAAAUUAGCCAGGUGGAGCUGUUGAGAAAGUAUAAAUAUCGAACUGUAGAAACAGACCUGAAACCACUGGAAAACAAACAUAAGGUGGGGCUACAUGCACAUGAAUAACUGUAAUACUGUUGCAGAAUAUUUUGUUCAUACUGACUUCUUUAUCAGGUGAAAGUAUUAUGGAGGAACCUAGUUUGACUUGUGGAGAAACCAGAUUUAGUGAUGUAGAUAAUUAUUUAGGGUUGGGAUCCUCAUGAUGACAGUAAUUCAAUCCAACGCUUGUGUCUAACUAAAGCUCUGAUCUAUUUCAAAGAGAAGCAAAAAAAAAUAAGACCAUGACUUUCUCGCCCAACCGGUCCAAGUGACCUGGUUUACUCUGUGCAUAUAGAAUACAAAGUGGACCAUGAUGAGAAGCUAGAUGACAACUGUAUUAGAGAUCCAGGCACCUGAAUAUAAGGACUUGUUUACACUUGAAGGACACAGGCGUGGGGAUGAUAUUAUUAGUCCAUCUGAGGAAACAAAAAAGUUUGUAAACACGGAAAGAGGAGGGACUGAUAUGUAUUGACGCAUGUUAUCUGUUGUCUCUGCUGCAGAACUGUGACGAGCGCUUCCAAUACAAGUACCAGCUGCGCUCCCACAUGAGCAUUCACAUCGGGCACAAGCAAUUCAUGUGCCAGUGGUGUGGCAAAGACUUCAACAUGAAACAGUAUUUCGAUGAGCACAUGAAAACACACACAGGUGAGAGUUUGUGUCCUCAGCGCACCCAUCAACCUUCAGGCAGACCGACAUUUGCAGACUUGUUGUUAAGGCCUUGUUUGACCACAGGGAACCAAACCAGUCUUUUGUCUUCUCAGGAUCCUGCGAAGUAGGGAUGAAUAAAGUAGGGAUGAGUAACUCAAAUUCUAAAAACAGUUUUCAGACUAUUGUUCUUGUUCAAUAGACCAUUUUGGCCCUGAGAUUAUAGCGUACAGUUAAAGAUCAGGGUGUGGGAUCAGAAUUUAAAUCCAGUACCUAUGUACUGUGUACUGCUGUUAAUACUUAGUGGGGAGUGCUUGAAUGCUGAACCUCUUGUCAUUUUAUAGGUUUGAAGUUAUGCAGCCAACUUUCCUUUGUUAAAGAGUGAAGUCACAGAAGGUGAAAGUGUGAGAAAAUGAUUCACAAAGUGUUGGAGUUAAAUAUUGGCUUUAAAAAAAAGAACAUCCCUAGACUGACCCUGCAGAGCUUUACUACAUCUCGCCUUUUUCACUUUUAUCUGCUGUUUCUACACAUUUCCUUUCCAUGAUCUACAUUCAGGUAUCACCUGGUUGUGCAGUAGUUAGUAACAAAGACGGAGAUUUGUGUACUUUGCUUGAUUUUCACACUUCAUCUGUUACAUGUGAGAAAGGAUUUUAAAAAGUUUAUGUAUUUUUGGUUCAAAAUAUUUUACUUAAACGUUCUUGUUUUCAUUCCAGCUGUUACAAACCUCCAUACAGAUCCCUUGAAAUUCUUGAAAGUUCACUUUGUCCAACAGCAUUCUCCCUGAGCCCAAAGAGCCAGCCAGCCAGCCGGUCACCACACACCACCUAAAAAAAGACGGAAAUGGGAUGUUUCAGGCUGAACAUUAUAGUGGAAAAGAGCAGGAGGCCUUCGCCCUGAUUUUGUAAUGACAGGGGAGUUUCGACAUCAGAGAGAGCUUUGCAUACAUUGUGGUUUAUAAUAGCUACCCAAACACAUGCUGUAUUACAUCCUUCUGAUUUUCUGUCCCCGCUGCAUUGCUAUUUCUAAGCCCAAACUGAGCCAUGCAGGCUGCACGUCCUUCACUGUGAUCCUCUAGCCCUGCCUGCCGUGGGUGGACACAUUGCUCUGCAUCGGCCCUCAUGGUUCUAUUUGUAAGGUGUAAUUAUGCUACCCUUUCCUCUGCCUGCCACUAGCAACCAGUUUAGCCUCUUGCGCGACACACCCAGUAGUGCCCUGUACUAGAAACACAUUAAACACCAAAUCCAAAAGUUUGCUUCAGUGCUCAAAGAUCUUUGAUGAUUUCUAGUUAGUUUGGUGCAACAGUGAGAGAAGACAAGCGCGUCAAGUGUCACCUUUUGAUAUUUAGUAGAUUUGGAGCAGCUUCACAUGUAACACACCAGAAUGAGGCAUUUACAGAGCCCUUCAGCAGCCUGUUAAUAGACGACUGUGUGGGUGGUAGCAGGCACAUUCAGCGGCUCCAUGGAGGGAGGUUAAUGAGAGCGGCAUUCCAACGGAGCUGCUGUUGUUCACUUUCACAUCUCCUCUCCUCAAAGUGUGAAUUGUAAUAGCUUCCUGUGGAGUGGGUGGGUUGACAGCAGACACUCUCAAUACAAAAUGGCAACUUAUUUGCAUUUUUAAAAGAGAACAACUGCUCUCCGCGGAGAGAAAUGGUUAGAGGAAAAAGUUAACUUUGUCAUUGUGAUUGUAAGAAUUUCAUCAUUUUUAAUCAAAUUGAGAAGAGAAGAAAAGAGCGAGGUAUCAUUACAUUUCCAUGUGAGGCCGUUUCCUCUAUGAUGAUCAAAAGUGUCUCCGUCUUCCUCACUUAUUAGUCUCAUUUGUUGUCUCUGUUCAGGAGAGAAGCCUUUCAUCUGUGAGAUUUGUGGGAAGAGCUUCACCAGCCGGCCCAACAUGAAGCGCCACCGCCGCACACACACAGGAGAGAAGCCGUAUCCCUGUGAGGUGUGCGGCCAGCGCUUCCGCUUCUCCAACAUGCUGAAAGCACACAAAGAGAAGUGUUUCCGGGUCACCAGCCCAGUCGUUCUGCAAACCAGCGGCCCCCCUGUGCCUGUCCGCAUCUUUGCCAACACUUUCUCUUCCUCUUCCUCAGCCUCUGGCCCCGGCCCCUCAGCUGCCACCACAGCCACCACCUCAGCACCUCUGGGCCUCAGCCCCACGGGAGCACCCAUACCCCCACGAGGCCCUGUGGGACACACAUUCUCCCAUGUACAGCUCCACUCAACGCCCUCCCACCACCACCCCCAUCCCCAGACAACCCAGCAACACCUCUCAAACACACCCCAGCACGCCCCUGCUCACCCCCAUCACCACCUAGCCGUGCCCCCCGUCUCCCACCUGCCCCCACCCCCGGCACUUUUUAAGAGUGAGCCCUUAAACCACUGUGGGCAUGAGGACAGCAGCUACCUGCAUCACAUGGCCCCACCUGACAAGGGCCCAGGGGCCCCACAGCACCACUGAACAGUGCCCCGGUUCUGCAGGCCCACAUCAGACCACGCCUUGAUCCUUCUUUUCUCCUAGUCCUGCCUCAGUCUCUUGGAUGGUUGGGUGCUCUUAAAGCGGAUUCCAUUGAGUCAAACUAAACACGCACACCCGUGUGUGUGUGUGUGUGUGUGUGGGCGUGUGAUUCAGACUGAUACUCUCUCAGUGAACACAUUAUUUAAGCAACAUCCCACUCAGAUACCCUGCCCAACUGACAAAGAUGAUUUUACAACCUCUAGAUUCUCUUAGGUGUACAUUUUCUUAGAAAACCAACACAAGACGACCUCUGGGGGAGCUCUGGAUUGUACAUUAGUGGGUGUAAAGUAUCUCAUUUUCAUUGAAAGCUGCUGAUGAUGGGAGUUGACAUAUGUAUUACCUGGGCUUCAGGGGUCAUGAGAGAUCCUUGUCAUUGAACUUUCCUCGUCACGUCAAGUCGACACAUGGUUGAACACUGGUCUGGACUCUUGCCUUGUGUGCGGGUCCUCCCCAUAGCAAUACUCAACCUGUCCUCCGAGUCGUACAGCAGAGCCUUGGCCUCCACACAAAUAUUAAAUGAAUGUUGGAACUGGUUCAGCCUGAACCUUCCUCGGUCCUGAGGGCAAGGCAGCGCGGCUUUCUGUCAGAAGGUCAACAACAGCAGGUUCUGUGAGAGGGAUAGGGAGGGGAGGGAAGGGGGUCAUUUUUGUAAAGGAAAAGAUUUAACAGAUGUUGGUUGAAUCUAGAUCAUAUAGAUUCAUCUCAUGGUUAUCAACGGUGCUUUCCAUUCCAGUACAAACAAAUCUUUCUUAAUUUUCCUCUUAUCAUUUUGAGUUUCAGAUGUGUUAUUGUGCAAAACAAGUAUGUUAUGUGUCAUUCAGAACACGUCUUGCCAGCCUGGCUUUUCUACAAUGGCUAUGAGAUUUGAGCAGAUGUUUUAUGGUGAAGAUACGGAAGUUAUGCAGGACAUGCCAUGGACACACACACACAAACACACUCACACACAGUCACACUCGUUCAAGCACACGCAUGAAAGACCACAGGGUCACUGAUUCACUCGCCGUGAUCAGUGGAUCAACCUCAGCUCUCAGUACUGUUGGUCAACAGAUGCUUUUAGAUAACAGAUGACUGUCAAAUACUGCCACUGUGAGGGGCUAGACUCAUGGCCCCAUCAGGAUAUACCCCACUUCCCUUCGCUGCUGUCCAAACAAUACGGGUUACCAUGUUAAAGGUCAUUAGACACACACACACACACAUAUACCCAUCUGGGACCCUUUCCAUUACAGUUCUUACAAGGCAAAUAUGCAUACCGGUAUUCCUCUCAGCCUGUUGUCCACACUUUGGUUCAGGGGGAUUGUUGUGAUGUAAAGCUUUUUGGGUUUUUGUUUGUUUGUUUGUUUUUUUUAAUAUCAUACUGACACACGUCGAUCCACACAGGCAAACAAGUGUCUCAACCUGUCGAAUGUUGCCUACGCAGAAAUGAUGGCCGAUGAGUCAUUCACAAGUUUUAUUUUUUGUAAUAUUCUCUGAUAUUUUGCUCAGUUUUAAGCUAAUGAAUGGUUCUGCAGUGUAGAUAUACUGUUGUUAGCACACGAUAGGAAAUGUCAGGAUAAAAGGCAGUGAUACAGCUUCUAAUACUUUGAAUUCUUCUUGUAUAGAUAAGCAAAUAUGUGAUCAAAUCAGCGUGAGAUAUACAUUAUUAAUGUAAGAGCCGAUGGUGUGAAUGUUUUUGUUUGAGGAUGCAGAAAUGGUUGACAUGAAUUUGGUUUGCCUGUUUGUUAGCUGUUUACCCAUUCUGAGUAGCAUCAAGCUUUGUGUUGUGUGUGUGUGUGUGCGCGAGUGUGCGUUUGAGAGAGAGAAGGAGUGUGUGCAUGCAUUACUCUACCAGUCUGUCUGGUUGUUCCCAGUGCUCUUGUACCAAAAGCUGCUUUUACACAGUGUGCCCCAUUAUCUAGGUGUGUUAGUGGAUUUCAGAGAUGGACAACAGCAGUAAGUUUAACGUGAUCCUCUUCUUACCACUUAAACAGAGUCUCGUCUGAAGUGGUUCAGCUCAGUAGGUUAGGAUGCCCCCUUCUGUAUUCGAGACCUGCAAUUAUCCUGCCAUUUCCGUGGGUCUUGCCGCCGCCGCAUUAUCUGCUUCACCCUGUCCCCUCUGGUUGGCUGCUGUGCUCCAGCAUUUUGCAGUAUAGAUCUUUUGUCCUGUUUUUUUUUUUUUAUUUUGUUUGAAAGCCUUUUUCAUUUGUGUGUUUUCUCUGCACUUUACUGCUGCGUAGGAGAGGCGCAGGGAAAGGAGGGACUGACAAUGCAUUGUGGAACAGAGUGCAGUCACGGCUGCACAGGGAAAGGUGGAGGCGAUUACUUUGAGUGGAUGUUUUUAGGCAAGGAAAGGAGGAGAAUCCCGGUGGAGGCAGGUAGUGUGGAGGGCACUAAAGCGAAUGAAGAAACUGAAUUUCCUGUUUUUUAAAUAAAGGCAUAUUUGCUCUAUGAUAGACCUCUCCUAAAAGUUAAAGCAACAUUUAUUUGCUUUGGUGACUUCACACUAGUCCCUCCAAACUGUCUGAAAUACAUUCUUCUGUUGUCUUCAUUCAUAGAGUUCCUCUUUAUCAUGUCCUGUUUGGUCUCACAGAUCGCAGAGUGAUUCUCCUCCUCCUUUCUUUGUUAUAUAGAAUGCACUUUCUACUAAAAUUCUUGGCUAGUUAAGAAAAUAACAUUGUAUGUUCUUUAAAGAUGUUUUAAAAAAAAUCAAUAUACUUUUUUCCCCUUUGUAUUUUUAACCACUUAAUGUAGCAUUGCGUAUUUUAUUAUUGUAUCUGGUACAAAAAUGUGCAGCUUUAUAAUGUCCUGGUUUGUCUUUUUUUGUAUGUUAUCUGGAGAUUGGGGAGAAGUGAAAAAGUUGGGCCUUUUUUGAUAAUGUACAUUUAACUGACUGCUAACUUUGAAAGUAAAAACAAGUAGCCAUGAUUAUCACAGAUUUCUGUGCCUUAUUUUACAUCUGAAUGCUGUGAGUUUGUAAGAGAUUUCUAAGCAGGAGCAAAUGAUUAAAAUUGUCAUAUAUGAAAACUGUAGAGGACUCGCCCUGGAGAGCAGGCUGCUAGGUGUGGCGUCAGGUAUCUGUCAAACUAACAGGGAGCCUUUUUUUCUGUUUUGGGUUCAUGGAGUUCACCUGUAACCUGUAAACAAUGUGUGCUAGCCACACAUGAAAAACACAAAGUCAGCUGCUGAGCCGUCAAAGGUUUUAAAUGACGAAUGAAAUCUUAGUUCCUCCUUUUUUGACCACUUCCUUCUCUUUUGAUGUACAAAUAGGAAAAAAAUGAUAGCACGUGUUAGAUAAAUCUGGUCUGUUUUGCAGAAGAUCUAGAGGCAUUGCAGUAGGCUAAGAGGUACUUGUGGUCAAAGCCUUCUCUCUGUGUGUCCUCAGGCCGAGAUAAUUAGGUGAGGUCAUGUACAACAUCAGUGUUUUUAUGUUAAACAAACCGUACCGUGUUUACCAAUUUAACAUCGAAUUCAAGAGUAAACACAGAGUUUGAGUUCCCUCAAAAGUGUCUUCUUCCACCUUUAAUGUAAGCUUUAUUCAUCAUCUGACUGAGUUUUCCUCUAAGGAGACAUUGACACUUUGUUGCUUGAAGCCUCAAAUGCUGCAGACCCUGUAUCACCAUAGGUGUUUUUAAGUGGCUCACUAAAUGAGUCACAUUAUCCUGUAAGGUAUCCGAGCGAGGAGAGUGCGAGUGACUCACUGAUGGUGAGUGGGUGGUCAGGUAUAGCAAGGCUCACUUCACAAGCACAGGAGAUAAUAACAUACUGUCUGAACAUCUCCAUUCCCAUUUGAGGCUUGAAAAUAGUCUACCACCCCAGCUGUUAGUCAUUACGCCUGGUGGUGGUGGUGGUGUAGCAGAGGGAGGAGGCUGUGGCUGUCAGCAGGCAGAUAAGGAGAGGAGGGCUUCACGCGGGGGUUUUUCAGGGGGGCGUUCACUGCUGCGGAAGUUGUUGAUCACUUCAUUAAUCGCUGUGUGUUUGUGAAGUUUGAUCUUAAACAUCCUGUGGAGAAACAAGCAGCCAGUGUCUCUCACUGUGAAGUUUGUGUACCACUUCAGUUAAAGUUACAGUGUGUAGCAUUUGACAGCUUUAAACUGCACAGACUUUACAAAGUAGGAUAAGAUAUCCCUUUAUCAGUCCCACAGAGGGAAAUUCCAAAUUACAGCAGCAG